GCUAACUCCAACGCAAGCUGAAACGUUAAAGAAGCACAAAGCAACACAACACAAACACACAACAAACUUUUCAACUUUUCAUUUCAUUCAUUCAUUCACUUCACAUGACUCGUUCUUUCCGAUUUCUCGACGAGCUCAACUCGUCUUCCGAAGAUUCCACCGUCGUUGAUUCCGAUUUCGUCGUUAUCCUCGCCGCUCUUCUCUGUGCUCUCAUCUGCGUUCUAGGUCUCGUCGCCGUCGCACGUUGCGGUUGUCUUCGUCGCCUACGUCUCCCUUCCCCCGCUCUCGCUUCUCAAACUGCACCUCCUGCUGCAGCAAACAAAGGCGUUAAGAAGAAAGUUCUUCGCUCUUUACCGAAACUCACAGCAACAGAGGAAUCCGCAGUGAAAUUCUCCGAUUGCGCUAUUUGUUUAAGCGAAUUCACCGCCGGUGAUGAAAUUCGAGUGUUACCUCAGUGCGGUCAUGGAUUCCACGUGUCAUGUAUUGAUUUGUGGCUCAGAUCUCAUUCUUCGUGUCCAUCGUGCCGUCAGAUUUUGGUAGUUCCUAGAUGCGAUAAGUGCGGCGGGAUUCCAGCUCCCGCCGCAACAACUACCGGCGCCGCGUCGAGUUCUACACUGGCGCCGGAGGAUUGUGAAGCUAGAUUAAAGGUAAGGGAGGAUGAUGGAAACAGAUUCUUGCCAUAGAUUUCGCAUAUUCAGUUAGUUCAAAAUUAGUGAAUCAUUUUCUUUGUAUGGAAGAUUCAAAUCUUGUGUAUAUGAAUUGAUGUAUGUUUGAAAAGAAUGAUCGGUUUAUCAGAUUGUGUGUAUUAAUUUUUAAAAUUUGAAUAUGAAUUAGAUAAUUACAAUUAGCAGUUUAGGAUUAAGGUUGUAAUUAUUCUAAGUUACUACUAAAUAUAUUGUUGCAUUC